CGUAUAGCAUUCGGUGGGGAUAGUCGUUAGUACGCUGCGCUCGCCGUGUCGUUUUGGAGCCUCACAAUGACGUCAGAUCAGGAGGCACAAGCCGAGCGCGUUUAAAGCCGAGUAGGGCGUGAAAGUGUGUGUCGUGCCGCCCAUUUUCCUAAGCUCAUAACCCUCAUCGUCUUGGAAUAAUGUGUAACAAAAGAAUAUAAUCAAGUGCGUAGUGCAUGCGAAUAACGCGUGAGCAAUUAUGUUCGGUGCUGAUACGGCGUGAUCGACAAGGACGCAACAAAAGAAAGAAAAACAAGCCAUGUUCCGCUGCAUUCCGAUAUUCAAAGGGUGUAACAGGCAGGUGGAAUACGUUGACAAGCGUCACUGCUCUCUGCCAAGCGUACCCGAUGACAUCCUGAGAUACUCUAGAAGUCUUGAGGAGCUUCUCCUCGAUGCAAAUCAUAUUCGUGAUUUGCCGAAGAACUUCUUCAGACUACAACGGCUCAGGAAGCUGGGACUUAGUGACAAUGAGAUACACCGACUACCUCCUGAUAUCCAGAACUUUGAGAACCUCGUGGAACUCGACGUGUCAAGAAAUGACAUUCCGGACAUUCCUGAAAAUAUCAAAAACUUACGAUCCCUCCAAGUGGCCGACUUCAGCAGUAAUCCGAUACCCAGACUGCCAGCUGGUUUUGUACAGCUGAGGAACUUGACAGUGCUUGGUCUCAAUGACAUGUCCUUGACGAACUUGCCACCUGAUUUUGGAAGCUUGGAAGCAUUGCAAUCGCUGGAGCUGCGAGAAAAUUUGCUCAAGUCGCUGCCAGAGUCGCUGUCGCAGCUUUCAAAACUCGAACGACUGGACCUUGGCGACAACGAAAUCGAGGAAUUGCCAAUACACAUAGGGAAGCUGCCAGCUCUACAGGAAUUGUGGCUCGAUCACAAUCAGCUACAGCACUUGCCGCCCGAAAUUGGCGAAUUGAAAACAUUGGCAUGCCUUGACGUGUCUGAAAAUCGAUUGGAAGAUUUGCCCGACGAGAUCGGUGGCCUUGAGUCGUUAACCGAUUUACACUUGUCGCAGAACGUAAUAGAAAAAUUGCCAGAUGGUCUUGGCGAACUUAAAAAAUUGACCAUCCUGAAGGUUGAUCAAAAUCGGUUGUCCAUCCUGAAUGCGAAUAUCGGCAGGUGCGAGAACUUACAAGAAUUGAUUCUUACGGAAAACUUCUUAUUGGAACUUCCGGUUUCUAUAGGAAAUCUUCUUAACUUGAACAAUUUAAAUGUAGACAGAAACAGUUUGCAGUCCUUGCCAACGGAAAUAGGAAACUUGAAGAAACUCGGCGUCCUCUCAUUGAGAGAUAACAAGUUACAGUAUUUACCUACCGAAGUAGGACAGUGCACAGCUUUGCACGUACUCGACGUAUCAGGCAAUAGGUUACAGUAUUUACCAUACUCGUUGAUCAAUCUCAACUUAAAAGCGGUAUGGCUGAGUGAGAAUCAAGCACAGCCAAUGCUAACCUUCCAGACAGACGUGGACGAGGAAACUGAUCAGGAAGUGUUGACAUGUUUUCUACUACCUCAGCUGGAGUACCAUGCGGAUGGUCAGCAUGUCGUAGGUUCCGAGAUGCGAGAGCUGGUGAGCAGCGAUGACGAAGGCUGGCAAGAACGCGAGGCUUCUAGGAUACACUCCGUCAAGUUCACCGACGAGCCACCGGAAGCCGAUAAGGAGACGCCAUUCGUACGACAGAAUACACCACAUCCUAAGGAACUGAAAGCAAAGGCUCACAAGCUGUUUAGCAAAGGAAAGAAUGACAGUCGGUCGGGAUCAACGGAUGAACAAGAUGUCUCGCAGACCUUCGGAUUAGACAAAACCGAACCUGAUCUCUUGAACAAGUCCAGGGAUAGCGAGCAACUCCCUGAGGAGCAUCAAGCACAUGCAGUCAAUCACGAGGAUGCUGCAGCAACAGCAAAAGUCUCGAUGUCAGGAAUUUCAAUAGAAAAUACAAACAGUCAGACAACCACUGAACCGGAUGCCGUCUCCGCACAGCACACGACAGAUUCUCCUCAUCCAACAGCCGUCGUAGGAAUCCUGUUGCAGGAUGUCGAGGUCGAUCUGUCGUUAUCAGAAGCAAGGGGUGGGGAUGAGGAUGAAUCCGAAGGCGAUGACUUGCAGAGGCAUGUCGAGUUUUCUGUAACUGAGGAACCUGAUAACGAGGGUGGGGGCGACGCCGGCAGGCCGAACAGGCUUCACCGUCGCGACACCCCCCAUCAUCUGAAAAACAAGCGUAUCCAUACGUCGAUUGACAAGGAGAAGGUCGCUACCAUCAUUGCACAGGCUCUCCUAAAGAAGAGCGACGAGUAUCCAGCUUCCUUACAAGCGCCAACGGAAUCAGCCGAGGACCUUCACAGUCAAGGCGCAGCAUCCGACGCGGAACCGUCGAUAGAAGUUCGAGAGGAACAAUAUGAGAUUCAUAUAGAAAGAACGACAGGUGGUUUAGGUUUGUCGAUAGCUGGUGGAAUUGGUUCAACGCCGUUCAAAGGCGACGACGAAGGCAUCUUUAUCUCGCGAGUUACGGAAGGUGGUCCUGCUGAUUUGGCUGGUUUGAGGGUCGGCGACAAAGUUAUAUCCGUAAAUGGCGUCUCUGUCGUUAAUGUCGAUCAUUAUGAUGCCGUUGAGGUACUGAAGGCUUGUGGACGCGUCCUAGUGCUUGUCAUUGUAAGGGAAGUCACCAGGAUAGUGCCACCAUCCGAACAGAUUUCUACAAGAAAAGAUUCGGUGUGCUCGAGUCUGAGCACGAGCCGAGCGCCGAGCGCGACAUCUUAUGUCUCAUCUACGGCACUCUCUCAUACAUUGGAGAACGGAGAGAACCAUGGACCACAUGAAACCAUCACAACAAAAAAGAUUCCUGAGCCUAUCCCGGCGGCACGAGCGAGUGGCGAACCUCUAGUUCCCGUUCUGGUGCACACAACGUUAAUUCGAGAUCAAAAUGGUCUUGGAUUUAGCAUUGCCGGAGGAAAGAGUUCUCCGCCAUUUAAAGAUAACACCGAUGCCAUAUUCAUAUCAAGAAUAACGGACGGCGGUGUCGCGCAAAAGGAUGGCAAAUUGUUAGUCGGCGACAAAGUGAUAUCGAUAAACGGCGUCGAAAUGACGGGUGCCAAGCACGAGCAAGCAGUCGCCAUGUUGACGGGCUUAGAAAGAUUUGUUCGAUUAGUAGUCGAACGCGAGAUACCACUUUCGCAAGCGAAUCCGGCGACGAUGACGACGACAACGCCCUCGGAGAAGUCCCCCCGUGUAAUUGGUGCUCCUCGUCCAUACACGGGUCUCUACAGUGCAAACAGUUACAUGGCGAACAGACCAGGUUACGCAGGCUACCGGCGGUCUUUAGACGCUGAUAGAGCCCUGUCGUCGAGUCCGACCUCAAAGACUCCGCCACCGACGAAAACCGAACCAGUCAACGGUCUGCCCAAGAUGAAUGGCGUAAGCGAGAACGCAAAUCCACCAAUAAGCAUUUCACCAGUGCCUACACCUACUGCCAAUCAAACGCAACCACAUCCAUCACAACCGCUACCCGCUCCACGACUUAGUGUAUCUCAUGGGGUCUCGACGUCAACCGAAGGACCCAUACCCGCACCUACAGCAACAACAACAACUGCAACUGGCACGACAGCUGGUAGCGCUCCUGCAGCUGGUACCACAACUACAAGCAGUGGUCCUGCAGCAGGUGCUACUACUGCGGACGCGAGGCCUAACUCACCUCAGGAUGACAUACAGGUACCGAAGCCAAUCACCAACGAGGAAUUUCAGGCCAUGAUUCCCGCUCACUUCCUACGACCUCCGACCUCCUCGCCCUCGCCAGACUCCCACCAGGGUCCCAUCGUCACGGUGACGAUCAAGCAGCCCGAGAACCUCCCGGGGGACAUUAACUUCCCCCCGGCACCUACUACGCUCGGUAAAGUCACCGAGACCAUCACAAAGAGCACUCUUACGGAGACGGUCGUGACACGCGUCACCGACAACCACAUGCUUCAGCCCGUCAUCAUUGAGGAUGUGGUGCUCGUGAAGGAGGGCUCCCUGGGAUUCAGCAUAAUCGGCGGCACUGAUCACUCGUGCACACCAUUCGGUGCCAAGGAACCAGGAAUCUUCAUAUCUCACGUUGUACCCGGUGGUAUUGCAGCAAAAUCCGGAAAGUUGCGAAUGGGUGACAGGAUACUGAAAGUUAAUGGCACUGAUGUGACAAAGGCAACGCACCAGGAAGCCGUGAUGGAGUUACUACGACCGGGUGAUUCCAUAAUGCUCACCGUCCAACAUGAUCCACUGCCAGACAGUUAUCAGCUGGUCGAAAUAGAGUACAUCCCUGUGACAGAGUUAGUUAUAGUGAAGGAACCGGGUGAGAAGCUUGGUAUGCAUAUAAAAGGUGGCCUGAGGGGUCAACGUGGAAACCCAUUGGAUCAAACGGACGAAGGAGUCUUCAUUUCGAAGAUCAAUUCAGGUGGCGCCGCCAAGCGGGACGGAAGGUUGAAGGUUGGCAUGAGGUUGCUGGAAGUAAAUGGUACCUCGUUGCUGGGUGCCACGCACCAGGAGGCAGUGAAUAUUCUACGUUGCUCCGGGAAUACGAUCACUCUAGUCGUUUGCAAGGGCUAUGACAGGAACGAGGUGGAGCACGUGUUGACAAUGUCUGGCGGCAGGGACUCCAAGGAAUCGAGAACGUCCCGAGAGUACAGGGAUUCUACAACCGACGGUAUCAAGAGCCUUUCCCAGAGUAUAUCCAGUCUUGAUCGGGACGACGAGGAUGCUGCCACCUUGCGGCAGGAACAAGAGAUGAAGGCUGAACUCGUCGCCUGGGAACAGGAAGAGAGAGAACGCGCUCUUGUUGAACACAGGGAAAAGUCUACACCGGAAAAGGUGCUGGAUGUCGUGAGGGCUGCAGAGUCGCUCGUAAACAAGUCUAACAGCCCUGUUGACAUGAUGGUUGCGCCAAAAUCACCAGGCGGAACGAAGGACCUAAAAACGACCACAAUUGUCAUGAGCAAACACACGCUGGCACCACAAAAUCCAACUCCAUUAGGCAGAGCGGAUGCUGGUGGUGGAACGUCAGUGGACGAUGAUCCCAUUUCGCCAAUCCCUCCGGCCACGCCUCGUUCCCACGUUUCCGCCAAAUCUACGAAUUUAUCCGAACCCAUCGAAGUUAAAACUCUUCCUUCCCCAAAGAAAAACAUAAUUAAUACACCAAAGCGCAACAUCACGUUCGCUACACUACCAAGUACUACAAAACUGAGGUCGCCAAAGACAACAUCAAUCGAUGUAUUCCAAUUCGCACCAAAGCAACGUCCUGAAUCUUUACACACUGAAAUCAAUUCAAAUUUGACACAAACGGUAAACCAUAAUUCCACGAAUCUUGACAAAAGACAAUCAUAUCAUGAUCCUUCGAUACAUUCAAACUCUCGUUUCCGACUUCCUCCUACGCCUCUUACCAGUCCUGACUACACCGGUGAACUUGGUUCCAAGGCUUCGUUUAGCAAAAGGCAGAUUGCACGCUCUGUAGAUGGAAAUGCUCAGGUUGAGCCAUCGCCAACACCAUCUCCUACUCCUGGUCCGGUUAAGAUGUCGGUGAGCGAUAGGAAACGAUUAUUCGAAAGUGCCAUGGAGGAACAUCUAAAACCUUCUCCUAAGCCGGAAAAAGUAUUCAGUUUUCUGAGUCAGGACGAAGUGGAAAAGAUGAAACAGGAAGAAGAAAAGAAAAUAGCGACGUUGACCAGGGACGAGCUGAAGUCCUGGGCACAGCUCGAUGAAAAUGAGGGUCUCGAAGAAUCUGAGGACAUGUUGGAGGAUCACGAUAACAGGAGGCCUAAUAGCCGAUUGAGUUCGCGAAGUUCCCAUCCGCUUCUGCAUAAUGCACCAAGCGUCGUGAGGACCGCGAAGGCCGAGCGACGAUUGAAGGAAAGGAUGAUACAGGAGGGUUUAAUAUCCGACGAGGACGAAGAGAGUCAUCUCAGCCCUGCGGAGCAACGCGCCCUCAGAGCAGAAAAGCGCGCAGCUUGGCGACAAGCGCGUCUCAAGUCCCUAGAACAAGAUGCGCUACAAGCCCAAAUGGUGAUAAAGAAAAUGAGUGAAAUGAUGGACACAUCGCCAAAGCCUGAUCUACCCCAAGAACCACCACCAGUGGCGCCAUCGCCACAAGACGACGAAAAACAGUCGGACUUUACUACGUUACGGCCAUCUAGUGCUGAUUUCCCUAAGCUUGCUGUGCGCAGCAAGUUGGGUCCCCCAAAAGCUGUACGCGAAUCUGAGAAAGUAGUGGACGAGAAGGUGACUAGGCGCACCGAAGAGUACGUCGACGAGGUCACCGGCGAACGUCGCGUGCGAACUGUCGAAUACGUGGAGAAGCUGAUCGAGCGCGAGGUUGAAACUCUGCGCGAGAAGAUCAUUUCUCUGGAGCUAAGUAAUGCGGAGGAAGAAUUGGAGGAGACUGUGGGUGACGGUGCGAAAGAUGCUGGAAGUGACAGCGAAGAGGGCACGGGACAAUCUUCCGUAGUGAGUACGCCAUUGGAUGAAAAAGCCGAAUUAAUUAUUCCUACGGACACGCCAAAAGAUUCCACUACUGCUACUCCCGCUAGUGCAACCACAGUAGGCACCACCGCGUCCAAGAAGAGGAAAACCAAGCGCUCGAAGAAGGGUCGCCAUUAAAGUCGUGAACUUUCUUUCCUGACGGCAUUGAACCUAUUGGUGCAAAAUUCAUUUAGGCAUAUAUUACGCAUGUAAGGGAAAGAGUGUCAUCAUUUUUUUUCGAAACGUGCUGAUUAAUCGCUGUCUGUUAACUGACAUUAUUUUUUGUUAACAAGGCGACGCGACACUAUUGGUGCAAUUGCGUUCUUCUUGAUAGAUGAGUCGUUUAGGGGACUUGAUUAAUUGGUCUGUGUCCAAUUUUAAUCCAUCCGAUAUUUAACUGAUGGAUUAAGUACACAUACAACUACUUGAGAAUGGUUAGAAGUACAAUAAGUAUAAAGGCAUAAGGUACUCUGCUGUGUCACUAUUUAUUUUAAGUUUAUUACAAGUAUUAUUUAAACCUCGAAUGUAAUUGGUUUAUUUGACUUGCAAAAUACUUAAACUUUCAAAUGUAUCACUUUUUUUUUUCGUUUAUGGAAACUUUGAUAAGUCGAUACCAUUUGAUUCUGUCAUCAACUCAUAUGAAGUACACAUUCCUACUUUCAUAUAAUCAGUACAUCACAGUGGUUGUGAUUAAUUAAUCAUAUAAUUUAGUCCGAAACUGAUACUUGCUGUAGACUGCUAACGGGAUGUAUUAUCUUUCCUUAAUACUUCCUAGAGACAGAGUAAUGCUAAUUAAAAGUAUAAAAGAUAACAGUAUUCAGACAUACAAUAUCAAUUGGAGAAUAAUUGAAUUGUAUAUGAAGCGUUGUUUAACUAGCAGUCAAUUAUUAAUUGUACAGUUGUGACCUACUGAAGUUAAAAAGUUCUGCAAGGUACAAUCUGAUCCUUCCAAAAUAAAAAAAAAAAAAAAAUCAAGCACGCUCUGUGAACGCGUGGUUGUCUUAACGAUUUGGUUAGGUGCGUGUAAGUUAUUGUCAUGUUAGGUUACUCAAAAUAUUUGUAAUCACAGAAUUGGUUGGAGAAAAUUGUGAAGUCCGUUAUAAUUAAUUAGAUAGCUUCAAAGUAUUAAGAUCACAAUAAGGCGACGCGUGUGCAACACAAACCCAAUCACACAUACACAGAAACAAUCACACAUAAACAGACAAUCUGUAAAGUAUUUUAUUUAUUUUACUUUAAUAAUAAGUAGCCAAACUCUUCUAUCUACAUAGCAUUUUUUCAACAUAUGUGUACAGAUCCCACGACAUUCGAUUUUACAGUAUUGUAUUAACCUUUUUGGGAAUAGUUUUUUUUAAGAAAAUCUUUUUCUUUCUCGAUAUCCUAAACAGAUUAAUUUCUUCUGUAUUAUAAAGUGGUAACGUUAUACAAUAAUGACCUACGUGCUACUUAUAAAGUGCUAAUUAUUAAGUAUUGUUGAUUUGACUGGUAUCGAUACCUUUAGUAUCAAUUAAAAAUUGUCUCGCUGUCAUGUAUAACUAUACUUGUAUGAUCUGUGGUUAUGCAAUCUAACAAAGAUGCCUGAUAGAAAGAUUCUCGAUGCGUAAAAAUGUGUGGUGUCGUAUGAUAAUAAUUGAAAUUCUUCUCUAAUGGGCUGCCAACAGGUAUCUCGGAGCAUCUAGUAAUAUUAAGUGUUUCCAAGAAGGCGCCAUCGCGGUAAUAAUAGUAAUAAUCACAACUUAUAGGCCUUGCAAUUAAGUGUAUUAUUUUAUAUUGGAUAUAUAUACAAUAUUUUCAUAUGUAACCACUUCGUAUUGUUGAUAUAUACUUGUUAAAGUGACACACGACCUGUAACUGUGUAUGCGUGCUGAACGAGAAGUAAACUUUAAUGCUAAAUAGGUAUGAAGCAAAUAAUGAAUUAUCGAUGGUGAAUUACGAAAGCGGGAUUAGGUGAAAGGGACCAAUAGCUUAAAUCAUAUAUACAGAAAUUUUUUAGAAAUCUCUCCCCACACACUAAUUACGUCCAUAACCCCUGAUUUUGUAUUUUUUUUAUAAAGCUAUUGACUUUCAACAGAAAACAAUUAUACAUUGGGACAUAUACAUAUAUUCUAACAUUACACACAUUUUACACAAACUUUUCACUGCGACAUUGUUUAAGUAAAUAUUCAUAAAGUGCCAAUUUUCUAAAAAUGAAAAAUUAAAUGCCACUUAUCGUUUACGUUGAAGGUACAUAAAUAAAAUAUAUGUACAAAAAUGUACGUGUACCUUCUUUAUUUAGCGUGCGAAUACGUUAUUUGUAUUUUUUUAAAUUAAUUAACGUUAAAUGUAUGAAUGCUUAGAGGCAUUCGAAUGGCACUUAUUUACAAAGUAUGAGUAUAAAGAAACACAUGCAUAAUAAAUCACAUUGUCUGUGAAUUAAACUAUACACAUUACAAAAUAUAUAUUUCAUUAGUAAUGCCAUUGUGCAAGAAUUAAAAUCGUUAAUGAAGACAUGCGUUUUUUUAAUACGAAAUAAAAUUUCUGCGGAUAGCUAAAUAAUUGUCUACUGUGCGUAUGUUCUUUCAUAGAGAUUCUUUUGACAAGAAAAUGCGACGGUUUUGCAUGUCCUCACGCGUAAUUUUGUUUCUGUAGAAUUCAUUAGAAGCAGAAUCGGUUGCCAGAGGUUUCAAAAUUAUUGAAAUAAUGUGUAAUGAUGUCAUGAAUGAUUGACGUUAUUGAUAGGAAGUAUUGAUUUCAAGAAAUGUAUUAAUCUUAGAACUUGCAUAAUAAUUUUAUGAAGCUUAUCUUUCUUGCUUGCACCGUUGUGUCUAUUUCUUCCUCUUGGAAAUCUUUAACGGUUUUACCAAACAUGACAGUGGUGUCUCUAACAGGGAAAGAUUUUAAUUAGACUUAUCACUGUCCUUUUUCUGAUAAUACAAGAUCGAGCUAGUUUUUGUAAUUUUAUUUAGAGCACAAGUGUAUAAUUGAAUUCUGCAAUUCUAAUACGGUUUUGGUUCUUGAUAUAUUUGUGCCUGAUGAAUUAUUUAAUUAUUUUUCUUAGAACAAUUAGCAUUGCUAGUAAAUAAAAUUAAGGAGUGUAAUUAUUAGACAUUGCCGUUGUAUAAGUAUUUAGGCAGAAUUUUUUCCAUUUUAAUAAUCCGAUGACGCGAAGCGAAUUGAAGGUACAUUAGACGAUGAAUAAUAAAAACUAUUUAAUAUUUUAGAAUGAAAGUAUAUAUAUUUAUUUACGAGCAGCUAUAGUCUUUAAAUAAGCAAUAUUUAUAUGUUUUAUAACUUAGGUAUUAAGUUAAACUAUAAGCGAGGUGUCACGUAGAUCAACAUAUACAUUACAUGUAAUCAUCGUUAACGCGUGAUAAUUACAAAUUUUAAGGAUUUGUUUAAUCAUAAACAUAAUAUCGUCAAAUAAGGUGCUGAACAAUUAAGCAAGCCUUUUACUAGGAAAAAGAAAAAAAUAAUUGCAAGGCAAAUACUCCUCGAAAGAUCAUCUUCCAUUGAACUUAUUUCUCUUUUCUUGUCACACAUUAUUACGAUUAUGUAUCGUUCCGCUUUAGUGAAAUAAUACAAUAAAAUACAUUUUUACUGUAUUUCCCUGACGACUAUACGAUUCGCUUCAAUUUCGAGAAUAAACAUAAUUUCAGUGCUA